GGGGGCUAUAGAAAGCCCGGCCACUGGCCAAGCAUGAAGCAUCCCCAUUCCUUUUCCUUUCCGUAGCUUUCUUCUUUGCCGCUUUGCGUGCCUCCCUCCCUCUCCUGCUCUCUCGUCCGCAGCAGCCAUCGGCUAGGACGAUGAGGUCGUCGGCGAUGCGGCAGCAGCUGCUGCCAUGCUUGGCCCUGCUGCUUCUUGCGGGCGCGGCGUCGGCCCAGGCCCAGAAGUACAACGCGGUGUUCAACUUCGGCGACUCGAUCACGGACACGGGCAACCUGUGCACGAGCGGGAAGCCAACGGCGAUCACGUUCACGCAGCCGCCCUACGGCGAGACCUACUUCGGCACCCCCACCUGCCGGUGCUCCGACGGCCGCGUCAUCGUCGACUUCCUCAGCACCAAGUUUGGGGUGCCGUUCCUACCGCCGUCCAAGGCGAACGGCACGGACUUCAAGCAGGGCGCCAACAUGGCCAUCACGGGGGCGACGGCCAUGGACGCGCCCUUCUUCCGGGGCCUCGGCCUCUCCGACAAGAUCUGGAACAAUGGGCCCAUCAGCCUCCAAAUCCAGUGGUUCCAGCAGAUCACGGCCACCGUGUGCGGCGACGCCGCCGCCUGCAAGCGCUACCUGCGGGACUCGCUGGUGGUGUUCGGCGAGUUCGGCGGGAACGACUACAACGCGAUGCUGUUCGGCAACUACAGCGCGGACCAGGCGAGGAGGUACACGCCCAAGAUCGUCAACACCAUCAUCAGGGGCGUGGAGAAGGUGGUGGGCAUGGGGGCCAGGGACGUGGUGGUGCCCGGGGUGCUCCCCAUCGGCUGCUUCCCCAUCUACCUCACCGUCUACGGCACCAACAGCAGCGCCGACUACGACAGCCUCGGCUGCCUCCGCAAGUUCAACGAUCUGUCCACGUUCCACAACAACCUGCUCCAGGCCAAGAUCGCCCGCCUCCGGAAGCGCUACGGCCGGGCGGCGCGGAUCAUGUACGGCGACUUCUACUCCGCCGUCUACGACAUGGUCCAGAACCCCAAGAAAUACGGUUUCAACGCGGUUUUCGAGGCGUGCUGCGGCUCCGGGGGAGGCAAGUACAACUACGCCAACAGAGCGCGGUGCGGGAUGCCGGGCGCGGCGGCGUGCGCCAACCCGGCCGACCACCUCAGCUGGGACGGCAUCCACCUCACCGAGGCAGCAUACAAGCACAUCAGCGACGGCUGGCUCAACGGGCCCUACUCCAGCCCGCCCAUCCUCCACACAUAAACAUUAUUUUAUUUAUUAUGGAGUUGUGGUAGGAUUAUUUAUUUAUUAUUUGAUCUGAGGUUGAGUUUACCUAAUGGAAAAAGGAAGUUUGAUUCAGUGCCAUAUGGUGGUGUUGAAAUGUAUACGUUGCCCAAGAAAAAAAAACCGGAGGCAACUCUUGAAUAAAUUGUUAGUGCUUGCCCGGACCGACUUACGUCAGCGAAUUCCCUAUA